AUGAGUUCAUUUCUCAAAAAACCAAAGCGAAAAUUACAGUUUGGAAACGAAAAAACACCGUAUCGUCAAGUGGUCACUGUUGUGGAAUUUGAUCGUACCAAGAAUUUGGCGAUGAAUAUUCUCGGGAUGGCUCGCGUCAAUGCUUUCUAUGAAAAACUUUCGGUUCGAAUUGAAGAUCCGAACAAAGUGGAUACGAGUGUCAUCGGAGGAGUAAUGCUUCUUGGCAAUGACGAUUUUUAUUUGUGCGGCAACAAGACGCUUACCACCAACGCAACUUCCAGUAAGAGAUGGCUUUUCACUGUUGACAACAUAACAGUUGUUACUCCAGAAGGUGACAUCACGGAAGGGCCAUGCACGGCAGUAGUGACGCCGGCAAAAAAACAUCUAAUUCUUCCGGAGAAGUUAUACCGAAGUGUAAUGAGCAAUCUAAACGCAAGACCGGGCAAUACAACUGUGAAAUGCAAAUAUCGUGAUGUGAUACCACAUUUGAAAAUUGUCGUUAACGGCGAAUUAUUACUUAUUCCUGGUAGCAACUGGCUUUUACCUCUUUCGGUGAGUAUUUAUACUUUCCAGUAA